AUGCAACGACCGGGCUACGGGCAGUCUCCUCCCCUCCAUCAUCCCGUCCCUCAGCACGUCUCGACUGUUCCACAACUCCGAUCCCCUCCACCGCCGACAUCCUCGCAGCCUCAGUCGCAGAACUAUGGCAGUCCUUACCAGCAGCAACAGCCGCAGCAACAAGGCGCUGCGAGUGGAAGUAUGUUUGGACAGUAUGGCCAGUUCAUGAACGAUCCGGCAGCGCAAGUUGCGGCGCACUUCUCCCAGAACGCCUUCAAACAAGGCCAGGAGUACGUGGAGCAAAACCUCAACCGUUAUGUCAAUGUCGGAGCACUCAAACACUACUUCAACGUGACGAACUCGUAUGUCAUCAGCAAACUCUUCCUCGUGCUGUUCCCCUGGAGGCAUAAGCCCUGGUCGCGCAAGCAGGCCGUCGGUCCGAAUGGCCAGGAGGGAUGGUACCUACCCCCGAGGGACGACAUCAACAGCCCUGAUAUGUACAUCCCUGUCAUGUCCCUGGUGACCUACAUCCUGCUCUCGACCCUCAUCGCAGGCCUCCGCGGGCAGUUCCAACCCGAGCUUCUCGGUUACACUGCGACCAUCUCGCUGGCUGUCGUGGGAGUCGAGAUCCUAGGUCUCAGGCUUGGGUGUUAUUUGCUGAGCAUUUCCAACACAUCGCAACUAUUGGAUCUGGUUGCAUACUCAGGAUACAAGUUUGUCGGCGUGAUCGUCACAGUCUCUGUUGCAGAGAUCAUCAACGGCGGCAAAGGCACUGGCGGCUGGAUAGGCUGGGGGGUGUUCCUCUACACUUUCCUUGCCAACUCAUUGUUCCUGUCUCCGUUCAUAAUCAACUGGAUUCCUGUGUUCCAGUUCUUCAUGUUCUCUGUCCUGAACACCCCGCCGUAUAUCCUAUGGCUUGAGUAUCUCGAGCAGAGCUUCCCGGCUCACCAUAUUGCGCCUACGGAAGAGGCUCUCAAGUCGGCUGCCAAGGGGGACGAGAAGGAGCUCGACGAGGAGGCCAGGGAGGGCAAGCUCGUCGAGCCGAAGCUCAGCAUCAGGAACACGAUCCUCAAGACGGUGCUGGACCAGACCUUCGGAGCCGGCGUCAGCACGCUCCUCUUCUGCACCUUCACGGCGGCCAUGCAGCAGUCCAUGCCGGCGGCCUCGACCUCGCUCGCGGGCAGCCUGUCGCUCCUCGCGUCCGGCAAGGCGUUCGACUACAGCCUGAUCGACGGGGCCGCCGUCGUGGCCAAGACCAGGGCGGAGUACUGGGGCAUCAUGAAGGCGGGGUGGCAGUUCUGGCCGUUUGUGAGCCUCGGCAGCUUCGCCUUUGUCAAGACGACCGAGAUGCGCACCCUGGUGGGCAGCCUCGCGGGUGUGGCGUGGGGGGUGUACAUGAGCAUGAUGGCUGCGCAGUAG